UGAUGUAGUGGUUGUGUUGCAAUGUGUCCCUGAAUCUACUGAUUCAAAUAGAUGUGAAUAGGCCUGAUAGACCGACCAUGAUCAUACUAUUGCUAGUCACACACAUUUUGCAAAAUUGCAGUUUAACUGCACUUUCACUGUAACCACACAUACAUUAACUAAUAAUACAAUUGUAACUAAUAUUACGAUAUAAAGUGUGGUAUUUAUUCAGGAAUAGUCCUUUCAAUUCACAAUCACUUGUGUCUGUAAUUCACUGUUUCUCUCUUUGGGCCGAAGCCGAAGACAUGGAUGUGAUUACUCUGUGAACACAAUUCAGUGAUCGUAUAUUUUUAGUCAUUUUUUAUUUAUUUCAUUGAAUUAUUUGGUGCUAAACAUUGUGUGGAAGCGAUGGCCCAAAACAUAUGCUCGUUGGCCAAGAAUCGGAUCAGUUUUCGACGAUUGGCGGCCAUCAACGGCGCGAACAGUGGUUUGGUAUACAAUCAACGACUGGUGCUCUCAAACCAUACGAGCCAUACAACUGGUGAUGAGACCACUGCCAGCGUUCGGCCAGAAUUGGAUCUCAAUUUCGACAAUACUUUGGAAGCCUUCAAGAGUAAGACAACUGGAGAACUGGUCCGCGCUUUGGUUGUCCUCAAGUUGUGCUCAUUUGAUAUACUCGUUAACAAUCAUCCGAAGCUCAUUAAAUUUGGUCGAAGAGUUUUUGGUGAGAAUCUAUUCAAAUGGAUGCUAAAGAAGUCAUUUUAUGGCCAAUUCGUUGCCGGAGAGAACGAAGUGACCAUUCGUCCCAUUUUGGAUCACUUGCGCUCAUUUGGAGUCAAAUCUAUACUCGAUUACAGCGCCGAAGAAGACAUCACCGAAGAGGAGGCCAUCGAUCAUGAAAUGCCAUCUCAGUCAAACGCGGACCAUAAGCCAGACGAUACUUUGAUACAAUAUACUGCCCAAAAAGAGUUCGCCGAUCGGCGUAAAUACCGUCCGGUGGCGCGAACCUACUUCUACAUGAAUGAGGCCAAUUGCGAGAAGAAUAUGACCACUUUCUUGAAAUGUAUUGACGCCGUGGCCGGCGCUACACUACACACCGGCUUUGCGGCCAUUAAGCUGACCGCUUUGGGUCGACCGGUACUAUUGUCUCAAUUAUCGGAAGUGAUCGCUCGAACGCGUAAGUACUUCACGAACAUCACGGGUGUGGAGAAGAUGGUUAGGGGACACAUAUCGCCCGAAGAGUUUCAAAAGCAUUUGGAUCAGAGAUUCAAAGUGAAGACCGACAACGAAGAGAUCAAGAAUUGGUUCAAACAAAUGGAUUACGACAGACGGGGUCUCAUGAAUCUGUUUUCGUGGAACGGACUCAUAGAUAUGGAGCACUUGAUCACCGAUCUGUUCAAAGUGCCAAACCUGACGACCGGCCGAUUGGAGCCCAUUAUCAGCGCAUUGACGCCCGAAGAGGAAGAGAUGUUCAGGAAUAUGAUGCGAAGAAUACACACCAUCGCCAGCACAGCGCGCGAUCGGGACGUACGAGUGCUGAUCGACGCCGAGCAGACAUACUUCCAGCCGGCCAUCAAUCGGAUCACAAUGGAGUUAAUGCGCAAAUACAAUAAGGAAAAGGCCAUCAUUUUCAACACAUACCAGUGCUAUCUUAAAAGCGCUAACGAGUGUUGUGUAGUAGACCUGGAAUUAGCUCAGAGGCAGAACUUUUUCUUCGGCGCAAAACUGGUUCGCGGGGCUUAUCUCGAACAGGAGAGACAGAGGGCUGCACUCGUCGGCUACGAAGACCCCAUCAAUGAUACCUACGAACUCACUACUGAUAUGUAUCACAAGAAUCUCGACUUUUUCAUGAGAAAAAUCAUUGAAUCGGGAAUUGAGAACAAGAAGAUCGCUAUUAUGGUCGCAUCACAUAACGAAGAUACUGUCAGAUUCACCGUCGAUAAAAUGAAAGAGCUGGGAAUAAGACGCGGCCAUAAAGUGAUAUGUUUUGGACAGUUAUACGGAAUGUGUGAUCAAAUCAGCUUUUCUUUAGGACAAUCGGGUUAUUCUGUAUAUAAAUACGUUCCGUACGGACCCGUAGAGGAAGUGAUACCCUAUCUGUCGCGUCGGGCCAUUGAAAAUCACGGAAUCAUCAAAAACGCCAAAAAAGAGCGCAGACUUAUGUCUAAAGAGCUGCUCCGGCGGGUCACGACUGGCGAUGUAUUUCACAAACCGGUCGGCAAUUAUACGCCUAUUUAAGGGCUCGAUAUAUACAUUGUGUAUAGAUCUAAGUCUUUUUAACAAACGAUUUAUCGUUUUUAGUCAUGUUUUUAGCCAAC